UCUUAUAUGACGAGAUGAUUAAGAGAGCUGAACAUUCUCCAAACGGAGUUUCCUGUUUACUCCCUUUUUGCGCUCAAACGAUACAGCUAUGGGAGCAGCACUACCACUAUGGCUCAAGUUUCUAGAUGAAGUAUGCACCUGUUUUCGGAACAGAGAGAUAGUGCUGAGUCCAUUCUGCAGACGUCCAAAGUAGUGACGGUGUUGACCGCAGCAGCUCUUCUCUAUACCCGCUCUGCAGGAGUCGCUUUUUUUGUGACCGGCGCAUUGCUAUGUUCAAAACUUGCUAAGAUCAUCAAGAAAGCAAUACGACAAGAACGCCCAUCACAGUUCUCCAGACAUAAAGUAUCCUAUGGUUCACAUGCAUCUACAUGCACCUUCUUCGCUGUAUAUAUUACCUUUGCUUGCCUUAAGCUACCUAUCCACCCUACCUUCCCUCGUUUCGCGACGUUCGCUCCAGUGGUUAUCUUACCUUGGACAUGCAUGAUAGCUAUGUCAAGGGUCCAGCUGGGUCAUCAUACAUGGCCACAGAUUGCGGCAGGAAUCUUACUUGGAGUCUGCUGUGCUAUUUUUUGGUUCGAACUAUGGGUGAACGAUGUGGGUGGCAUCAUGACAACUUCAUCAUCAGUAAAUGUUGAGUUCACUGUUAUCUCCCUUAUCUCACUUUUUUGGGUCAAUUAAGUGCAGUAUGCAUUCGUUCCUUACUUGCAAUAAGCCUUGAAGCUUGA